CACGACAUAACCAAAUGUGAUCAAAAAGGCGCGAUUUUUCAAUGAGCUAAAUGACUCUAUGACGCCAACGAUGGUUCUUUGAGCCAAUGGAACAAACGGAAUUUUCAAUUGAGAGUAAAAAACACGCCCCAAUUUUUUUUUUCUUGUUCCUUCUCUUUUCUUUACCAAAGUGGCACAGUUGUGGCGUGUCGUUGAUGAUUGAUGAUAGACUUGAAUCCAUGUUAUUGCCGUACUUUUCCAGAGCAGUAUUGAUGUGUCUUCUCUUAUCUCUAUCACAGUCCCCUAACUGCGGUGAACGACGAACGAACGAGCGAGCGAGCGAGCGAGCGAACGGAGUGACCAAGGUACCACACCAGGGAAGACGCUGUGGUAUGACAGAGAAGGUCCCUGUGAUUUGACGGGGAGGCUCUGGGGCAUCAUUCGGUGGGCUCACUAGGAGAUGGAAUCUCCCCUUGAGGCCAUGGGGUGCAUGCUGCGGAGCGCGACCAACCGAACCACAGGGAAGUUUCUCUGUGAUGUCACGUAGGAGCCCUGGUGUGAACCACUCUAGGUAAGUGGUUGGCUCAAGUUUUUUUGGGGUCUUC